GGGGAAAAGAGAAGGGGAGACAAGUGAUAAAGCCGCAUUUUUCAUUUCAAACUCGGAAUUACGCGGCAGGGAAGCAGUUGUAGGAGAGAGAGAGAGAUCCCGAGGAGUGGACAAUCUUUUAACAGGUCCUAUAAGCGCACUUUUCAACCCCAGCCGUCAUCCGACAAGAAUAUGAUCCGGUCAAAUCUUAUGGACAUGCCUCAUUAUACAAUGAAUAUUUCUCACGACGCACCAUUUACGCACAGGAGUUACUAGCCGACGCUUCGCCAAAUUUAAAAGGCUCUUGUCGUCCCACCUUCUGUGAAGCUGUCGGCGCUCUUCCUGACAUCCGGCACUCGUUGGAGAGGCGGCAGUCACGCAGGGCUCUCUGAUCGGUGUCGACCAGAAGCGGAGCUGGAGCUGGCUUAACGGGGCUAAGCACAGUGUCACGCUGUCUAAGAAACUCACCACAGCCUCCGUCUGAGGUGGCCGUUCCAGUCAGCAGGAGUCAGCGGGGAGCGACAGUCGGAGGCCUCUUGACCCAAACAGUUUGUGCACCAGUAUGCAGGUGGUGUAUUAAGGAUGGAGGACUCUAGUUUAUGUCUUGGUGUAUCAUCAGCGGUGCCUGACACCGAUGCCCAUCUCAGCAGUGCCGUAUUAAAUGGCCGCUACCCUAUUAGUCAGAAGCUUCACCAGCUGACUGCCCAGCUAGGACACGCCUUCCCAGACCUACACCGCCCACAACAGAUUCCUGAAGAGAAAGCAGCCACACCUUUGGAUGAGAAGACACACCACGCAGCACUAGCCAGUCAACCUAUCAGCAGCCAGAUGGCUCUGCUAGCCAAUCAACUCAACCGAAACAUUGAUGCAGGGGCACUAAGUGGGCUGAAUGGGCGUGUUGACCUGCAGCAGUUUCUCAAUGGGCAGAACUUGGGCAUUAUGUCUCAAAUGAAUGAUAUUGAAGAUGACGCCCGCAAGAACAGGAAGUAUCCCUGUCCACUGUGUGGGAAACGCUUCCGUUUUAACAGCAUUCUGUCACUACACAUGCGCACACACACAGGAGAAAAGCCAUUCAAGUGCCCCUACUGCGACCACAGAGCGGCUCAAAAGGGCAACUUGAAGAUCCAUCUCCGCACCCACAAACUGGGGAAUCUUGGUAAGGGCCGUGGCCGUGUCCGAGAAGAGAACAGGCUGCUGCAUGAGCUUGAAGAGAGGGCAAUCCUUAGGGAUAAGCAGAUGAGAGGGAGCGGCAGUCUCCUCCAAACUACUCAAACACAUCACCUGGGCCUCAACAGCAACUCAAACACCCAUCAGCAGCUGAUUGGUUCAGCCUGUGGGCCCCCACCCUCAUCUGGCUUUGCCACUCCAGACACACCAAUCCAGCCCUCCUCUUCUCCCAAGCCAGCUGGAACCCAGGAUGAACAGUCCCUGAACCCGACAACAGGUUUUCGUUGUACCUUCUGCAAAGGCAAGUUCAAGAAACGUGAAGAACUAGACCGUCACAUCCGCAUACUCCACAAGCCCUACAAGUGUACUCUAUGUGAGUUUGCAGCUUCCCAUGAAGAAGAACUUAUAAGUCACGUGGAAAAGGCCCACAUCACAGCUGAAACCACACAAGGGGGAGGAUCUGGUGGAGCUGGUGGUACGCAGAUGGCCACAGAAUUUCGUUGUGAUGUGUGUGGCCAAGUGUUCAGCCAAGCUUGGUUCCUCAAAGGUCACAUGCGAAAGCACAAGGACUCUUUUGAACACUGCUGCCAAAUCUGUGGCCGACGCUUCAAGGAGCCCUGGUUCCUGAAGAACCACAUGAAGGUGCAUCUGAACAAACUGGCCAUCAAAAGUAAGCCACCCCAGCACAGUGAGCAGGACAUGACUGCUGUUAGUAGCAUGAGCAACCUGGCCCAAGAAGCUCACGCCAACCUUUAUUCUCGCUACAUAUCCUGUCUUCAAGGAGGCUUCCUUUCACCUGACAAACAGGGCUUGAGUGAGCAGCACCAGAUGCUGGCUAAAGCGGGGAUAGUCAUGAAGGAGAAGGAAAUGUUAGGAAAACUACUAGGGCCAAUGGCAGGAGGCUUGGGUCACGCCCUGGGUGAAAAUGAAAAGCGCUCGCUCCUUGGUUGUCUCAAUCUUGUGCCCCCACUCAAAUCAAGCUGCAUGGAGCGCCUUCAGGCAGCUGCAAAGGUGGCAGAGAUGGACUCUCUCAAUAACUACCAAGCCUGGCAGAUAAUGGCCCGUGGAAUGGAUAUGGAUAGGGCUUUUAUGCCUAAAGAUCAACAGCAGCACCCCCCACCACAUGUAACUCCAGAGCAGGAAGUUGAGAUCGGUGGUGCGGGACCCUUGGCUUCUUACUCAAAAGACAAACAAGAUUACUCCUUGAUUGCUUCCAGUGAUAGCUCAAAGCAAAAGCAGAUCUCGGAGGCCAUACAGGGUUCCAAGGCCUCUAGUGGAACCAUGAUACCCAUUAAAGAGGAUGGAAGAGGCUUUGAAAGUCAUCGUGACCUAAUGCUUCACCACGGUAGUGCUGAUGCUCAUGGAGCCCUGACUGGCUUAGGAGUCCCAAACAUUGAAUACAGCCUUUCCAAUCUGUCUGGUCUGAAGGACAAGCCUUCAGAGUGCCCUGACUGUGGCCGCGUCUUCAGAACCUACCAUCAAAUGGUUGUCCACUCCCGAGUACAUGGUAAAGACAGGAGAGGCAUUGACGAAGCCCUUCAGCAAGGUGUUGAUGAACGCCGCGGCUCAGCCAGCGACCCCGAGUCCCAAUCCAUCAGCCGCUCCACCACCCCUGGUUCAUCCAACGUGACAGAAGAGAGCGGCGCUGGGGGAGGACACUCACAGACGGGCAGCAUCCAAGAUGACAGCCCACACCCCUCUUCACCAUCUUCAGAUGUCGGGGAGGACUUGGCGAAGGCAGCGGGGAGCAUCCAGCCGCCGCCGUCCCAGGUCCGCGAGCGCUCGCUCGGCUCCUCCAAGGACUGCCCCUACUGUGGCAAGUCCUUCCGCACCUCCCACCACCUCAAGGUCCACCUGCGGAUACACACAGGAGAAAAACCCUACCGAUGCCCUCAUUGUGACUAUGCUGGCACCCAGUCUGCAAGUCUGAAGUACCACCUAGAGCGCCACCAUCGCGAACGCCAAAACGGCUCUACCACAUCAGGUCCAUCCUCUGGACACAACACUUCCUCUGACCAUAAAGAGGAUCAUGGCAAAGCAGGUGGUGGCAUCUUUGCCCGACCAGAUGUCCUCCGUAAUGUUUUCAAGAGCAUACCUCCCAACCUAGACUUCAGAGCAGGUCCACUGCUGCCACAUCAGUGGGCAUCGACCGGCAUGAUACCUUCGCACGAUCGAGAUCGCGAUCACGGAGACCGUCGCUUUGAUUCUGCGACUUCAGCCGAGAACAUGAAGGCUGCCGAUGGCCCAUCCUCUAUUGUCUCAACAGCAACAGAGAGCGCUGCCAGCUUCUCUGACCUAAGCAGGGCUUACCAAAGCAUGAUGGGGAAUGGAGUCCACUUUCAAGGAUCUCUGCAGGCCUUCAUGGACAGCUUUGUCCUUAGCUCCAUGAAGAAGGAUAUCAAAGAGAACCAGAGUGCAGUUCAACUCCCAGCCCAGCGCUACCAUGACAAUGGUGAGCCCAAAGCCAAGCGAGCAAGCUCAAGUGACCAGGACAGAGAGGAUAAGGCAGAACCCAAACAGAAUUCAGAGCCUGGUAAACCUGGGUCCCAAUAUGAACCACUCGAUCUCUCUGUAUCGGUCCGGCCCGAGUCAGCGUCCGGAUCUCUCCCUGGCUCUUCGGUCACUAUUCAUGACAAUGUUGCUUGGCAUGGCUGCCUCUUCUGUUCUUUCUCAACUUCCUCUUUGGAGCUCAUGGCACUGCACCUUCAGGCAAACCACCUGGGUAAGACACCAGUGCAGCGGUCUGAUACAGGAAAAGAGGUUCAUCGAGAAGGUUCUCCCACCACUUCUACCAUUCACUCCUCCAACACCAAGACCUCUGGCUUGGCCUUUGACAGAGAUGGAGACCGAGAUGGGGAAAAAAAACAGGGAGGUUGGAACAACCACAUGGACCAGCCAUACAACCCCUUCCAGAGUGACUUCUACAGGAGAUUCGGCGGCUUGUAUGAUGAAUCUCCGAGGGUCAAUCAGGGCCUUCAGGGGUAUGUGAGCCAAGCAGAUCAGGAUCUUGAAAGCCAGAUUUUUAGAGGAAAAUCUUUAGCUGGUGAUGAACAGAUCGGUGACAGGGGCUCCUGUGGAGAUGCUGAAGAUGACCAUGUUGGAUUAGUUGAUGAUGUUGCAAAGGCAGGAGAGCACAGUGCCAAUGAGACCCCCUCAACCACACCCAAGAGACGCCAACUACAUAAUCACUCUGAUGGAGAAGAUGAUGAGGGUGGUGUAGCUGAAGACGAGGAAAGAGAUGAAGAGGAGCAAAUGGACAUGGAUAGAGAGGAAGAGAGAAGUCCAGGUUCAGACCACAUUCAGACCCAGCAUAAACAGAUCCAAGAUGACUCCUCUCUUCCCCUGAGGAAUGGGCCUGAUUUGUCGGCAUCCUCGUCCACAAUGAUACCACUUUCUCUGGUUCCCCAAUCCCAGAGCCAGACAUUGCCCCUGGAGAAGCAGUGGCAGCAGAGCCUGGGCCUAUUGUCUCCUGGAGGUCCUCAAGGACUAUUGAAAGCUGAGCAGCAGACCCACCUGGAGCAGCAAAUGAACAUGCUGUCUGUCCUCAGAGCCUACAGCAACGACAACCUCCCCGCGUUCAACGGCCUGGGAGCUGGAAGUGGAGGAGCAACCUCAGGAGGCAUGAAGAGGUCCGAUGCACCUGCACAUCUGUGGGUAGGAGAGGAGGACCAGCCCAUGACCCGUGACCCCACGUUGACCCUGGAUCCCAGCCAUCUCAGCAACGACCUUCCCCACCCCAACAACCACAACCUAGGAGACCCCCAGGGGCUGGACGGCCACGCUGUGAACAAAGACUAACGGCCGGCGGCGGAGCCAAGCACAGAGGUGGGGAUGAUGAGGGCGAUGAUGAGGAGGAGGAGGAGGAGGAUGUGGAGGAGGAGGAGGAUGAAGGUUAAAAUGAAGGAAAACACUAUGACAAAAACUUUAUUUAAUAUGAAAAAAAGAACAAACAAACAAAAAACACACGCUAUGGUCAGAGUGAAGAAGAGGUGCGAACCGUACGGCGGGACGUCUGGGACAGUUUCCUGAGGAUGGAUUUGUGGGACGGACCUAAAGACUUUUGCAAGCAUCCAUGGACACUAAAAGUGACGGCAACCUCCCUGUUGUGUCUCCUGUGGUCUGAACACCCCCUCGUCCUUGUCGUCUUAUGCAUAGUUUUUGUUUUUCUUUCUCUCUUUUGAUGAAACUACCUGUCUGAUUAGCACUUCCUGUAACCGGCCCUGCAAUUACUGAUACAUUCCUUGAGCUAGAAAAAAAAAAAAAAAAGUUGUCGUUUUGAUCUGGGCUGAAAUGUAAUUUUUAUUGAUGAAAUGUUUUUUUUUCUUCCUUUUUCCUGAUAACUGAUAGUUAUUCCGCAAAGUUCUCAGUCCAUCCUUAUAUUGUACCUGGUAGAAGGUGAAACUCGACUUUAGCAGACUGUCGACUGAGACCGAGCACAUUCCUGUUACAACUCGCCACUUCCACCGGCUUGGCCCGUCGGCCGGUAUAUCUUUGCUAUUUAUGUCCCAGGACCAUCACACUGAGUAUUGCUAACAAAAGGAUAGUUUUGUUGUUGUUUUUUUGUUUGUUUUAUUUCAAACUAAAUGUAAUUUGCUUCCAGAAAUCACAAACCAAUGCAGGUGUGACAGUGGAGCUAAGAGUGAUCAACGAGCAUUCAAACUGCCCUAAAAAUAUUCUAAAUACUCGACAUACCUUCCAUCUUCGUCUAGCUUUCACCGUAUACCACUUUGUCUUUUUUUUCCCGUGUUCUGUAUUGUUCGGUUGUUCAAUACAGCACCCGUAGGUGCUCGAUGUACAUAGAGAGAUAUACAGCAGCUGGAAAAGGCGACAACGUCAAGCGUUUUGUGAUGAGAAAAGAAGACGAGAUGUAGUUUAAUGGCCACAGACUAAAAACAGUUCUUCUCAAGUUUGAAAGGGAGGAAAUAAAACACACACACGUACACAUGUACACACACACACACACACACACACACUCAAAGAAAGUGGGAACAGUUGCUUUUUUAACACCCCGGACCCUUUUUCUCUUCAUCUCUCACGUCAACCUGAAGGACUCUCGUGUUGCAAAUGUUUGUAAAAUACUGCCACCGAUCAUUGUUGCACAGUGUUACUGACUACUGAAAAUGGUUUGAUGUAUUUACUUUAAGAUGAAAAAAAUUAAAUAAACAUAAAACUGGAAAAAAGACAUAUUGUGUAUAGCCUUAGAUACAAGUCAUCUGUUAUUACUUCUACAAAGCUAUGUAACUGUGCUAGACUGUAGGAUGUAGGGUUGAUUUGGUUUGAUUUUAUUUUUUUAUGUACUGUACAUUAAUGCCUUGUCCAUUUACUGAUCCAAAAAAAAGAAAAAAAAAAGGAAAAAGAUGACAAUCGUCUGCUGCAAAACAUAUUUGCCCCCGUAUAUACAAACCCAUUAUGCAUAGAGGGACUUAACCUUUCUGAUUUCUUUCAUUUGUUUUGAUUCUCAGAAGUAUUUUGCACUGUGAUAGUAUUAUAAAUCCAACCUAUACAGUACAAAACUAGCUAACUAACUAAAAUGAAGGCGUGUGUUUGUGUGUCCCUUGGCAUUGUGAAAUGUUUCUACGUCAUUUUUUUGUGAACCCAGAGAAAAAAAAAAAAGUCUAAUGCGGUAUGUACAGUCCAAAUACAAUCCAACUUUUCUUUUGUUUUUCAGUUUGACCGGCCUCGAUACUGUAUGUGGCUUUGACAAAGUUGUUUCUCAGAGUUCUUUUGUAUGCUCACCUCCUUCUGACCGACACCGUAGGCCUGUUAGAGCAUCAGCCCGGGUCAUUUUCAGAGCUCCGGUUCCAGCUUGAGAAGAUUUUACUGCAGUACAGCCUCCAAAACCUUGUGUUUUUAUCUACAUUAAAAUGAUGUAUGUAGAUUGCAAUGAGUCAAACUUACAAAAAGAAAGGGGAUUUAAAAAAAAAAGAGAGACUUAAUACUUUUAUGGAUUUGGAAAUGGGGUCAAAGUAAACCAGUUGGAUGUAUUCUGCUGAAGGCACUGACCAAUGGCUUUGACUUCUGACCUUAUCUCUGCUUUCCAGGGGUAUAAAGAUGAGAGAUUAACGGCGAGAGUUGAACUUGGGCUCUCUCCUUCUCUGAACCAGCUAUAAUGAUCAUUCCACUCCACAUAUAAUGUACAAAACCUGUCUUGUGAGCUGAACACUCUAUGUUUUGCUGUAUCCUCAUGGCAGAUGCUUCGUUUUGUAACUACUGAACUGUACUUAUAAUAAAAAUAAAAUGUAU